AGCCGAUGCCUGUCGCCCGUGAAACCAAGACAACAGCCGCGGGUUUUGUGCAAGCAAUCGGAGCGGCGCCGGGAACCCGAGCGGAGCGAGUGUGGUACUGUAGCAGCUUGCGAUUGUGAGAUGGGGACUGAGAACAAGGAGGUAAUUCCAAAGGAAGAAGUUUCUGAAGAAUCUGAGCCACCUGGGGCAACAUUAGAAAAAUCUCCAGAGGUGGUUUAUCAGGUUCAUGAGUUUGGAGCAGCAUGUGAAGAAGACAUGUUGGACGGGCAUACGAGAGAGUCCACAGAAGAAGUUAUGGAGCAGAUGUCUCCUCAGGAGAGAGACUUUGCAUCAGGGUUGAUUAUCUUUAAGAAAUCACCCUCAAGUGAGAAAGACCAGGAGAAUAAUGAAAAUGAGAGAGCCUUCAGUCCCAGCUCAAACCUGAUUAUACAUCAGGGAGAUACUACAGCAGAGGCAGUUAGUACAUUUGCUACCUCUGGCCAAAACUUCAUAGAGAAUUUAGAAGUUAACAAAACACAGAGAAGUUCUGUGGGAGAAAAGCCUCAUUCGUGUAAAGAAUGUGGGAAAGCCUUUAAUCAGAACUCACAUCUUAUCCAGCAUAUGAGAGUUCAUAGUGGAGAGAAACCCUUUGAAUGCAAAGAAUGUGGAAAAACAUUUGGAACUAACUCAAGCCUUCGCAGGCACCUGAGAAUUCAUGCUGGAGAGAAGCCCUUUGCUUGUAAUGAAUGUGGAAAGGCCUUCAUUCAGAGCUCACAUCUUAUCCACCAUCAUAGAAUUCAUACUGGAGAAAGACCUUAUAAAUGUGAAGAAUGUGGUAAAGCCUUCAGUCAGAAUUCAGCCCUUAUUCUCCAUCAGAGAAUCCACACCGGAGAGAAACCAUAUGAAUGUAAUGAAUGUGGGAAGACCUUUAGGGUUAGCUCACAGCUUAUUCAGCAUCAGAGAAUUCAUACUGAAGAAAGAUAUCAUGAAUGCAGUGAGUGUGGCAAAGCCUUCAAGCAUAGCUCAGGCCUUAUCAGACACCAGAAAAUUCAUACUGGAGAAAAACCAUACCUGUGUAACGAAUGUGGGAAAGGCUUUGGUCAGAGUUCUGAGCUUAUCCGGCAUCAAAGAAUUCAUACAGGGGACAAACCGUAUGAAUGUAAUGAAUGUGGGAAAACUUUUGGCCAGAACUCAGAGAUUAUUAGACAUAUUCGAAUUCAUACUGGUGAGAAGCCCUAUGUAUGUAAGGAAUGUGGGAAGGCUUUUAGGGGGAACUCAGAACUUCUUAGGCAUGAGAGAAUUCACACUGGAGAGAAACCCUAUGAGUGCUUUGAGUGUGGAAAGGCUUUUAGGCGGACCUCUCACCUUAUCGUCCACCAGAGAAUUCAUACUGGAGAGAAACCUCAUCAGUGUAAUGAAUGUGCAAGAACCUUCUGGGAUAACUCGGAGCUGCUUCUCCACCAGAAAAUUCACAUUGGAGAGAAACCUUAUGAAUGUAAGGAGUGUGAGAAAACAUUCAGCCAGCAUUCCCAACUUAUCAUACAUCAGAGAAUUCACACUGGAGAGAAGCCUUAUGAAUGCCAAGAGUGUCAGAAGACCUUUAGCCGGAGCUCUCACCUCCUCCGACAUCAAAGUGUCCACUGUAUGGAAUGAUCUGCAAAAUAGGAAAGCUUUCUAUAGAAAAGCUGAAAAGUCAGACUUAUUGUUCAUAAUCUGCACCCCAAGUUCUGAGAUCAAAUGAAUGGACAAAAUAUCCUCUGUCCUUGUACUGAUUCUUAUUUAAACAGUUGGUCAAAUAGGAUGAGGCACUUUUAUGAACUAUUCAUUGAGAAGUUUCAAUGUACUGAGUUAAAUCAUAAAACCAUAAUUCUUUUCUGUCCCUUUUUCCUUCCUUCCUCUCUCCUCCCUUAGUGGAUCACAUUACAUUAGGGGUCUAUACCAGCCAUCUAUCUUAAAUUGUUACUCUUAAAGAAAAAUGGAGGAAUGUGAUUCCACCACCUCCUAAGAAUGAGAGUUGACUCAUUGAAUGUUAUUCCUGAAAUGUUGGAAAGUUGCAGCCUAGAAGACAUAUCUUGUUCUCUUGUCCACUAUUUAGCAUUGGAAUAAUUUAGUAAGCUUUUAUUAGUUUCAAAGUCUUCCAAACAUGCUGUCAAGUUCCGUUAGAAGAUGGCGGCACUAAUGAAGAAGCGGGAAGCUUGGGUCGUUCCACAUCUGCUAGGUUUCCUCAUUUAUCUGAAGAGGGUGCCACGAUGGAGGAGACUGACAGGCAACUUACAGGAUUGUAAGUGAAGUUCCUUAGAAUCCAAAGGGGCUGAUGAGCAGGGCCAGGAAUAAACAUGUGAGGCCAGACUGCUCAGCAUGGGGAGAAGCAGCUCUUUAGCAGCUAUUCCUCACUCCAGGCUGCUCACACUGACUGCUCCCAAGAACUCGACUGCAUUCACCUUUGGCCCCAGCUCCUGCUGCUGCUGACAGAUCCUGUGUCAGGAAGUAGCAGAGAGGACUGUGCAGCUUCACUGUCACAAGGCACCUGGCCACAGUGAUGAGUUGGUUCACCAGACUGACUAGGGCCUCCUUGCCGAAGCACUUAUGCUCUCAUGACCUGGACCCCACUGGGCUGAUAGGUCAGGAUGUGAUGGCCUCUUCUCUGUUUGCCCUUGGCCUUAUAAUUCUUCAGCAUCUCUACUUGAGUUUUCUGUGUUCCGUGUUUUUUUCUUUGAGGAAACAUCCUUAACUUUUGAAGUGUCCAUGUUUCUGAGGCAGUUGGGUGGUAGUGGGAAUUGCACUAAUUGGGAUCCAGCAGGUUUAGGGUCUGGUCUUACAGCUAGACCUUGAAGAAGGCACUUCACCUGCUGGUCCCUAGUUUACUCACCUGUAAAACGAGGGGAGUUGAACUAACUGAUCUCCGAAGUUUCAACCAACCCAAUAGUUCCUUGGUUCUUUUUAAAAAAUACAACUUUCUAUAAUCUUCA